AUGGCGGACAUGAUUUUGCCGAAGGGCAUUGUGUUCAAUAGAAACGAUAUUUACGAGGAGAUAGCAAAGUACGAGAUUGUUCCACUAAGCCAGAUACUCGCGGCUUGUCAUGUCUUUACCACAACAUCUCGAGAACUUAUCGAUCCUACUGCGAGGCGGCUCGAAAACUUCUGGACUCGCGUCUUAGGCGGUGACCGGCGCUAUCUUUCAGGAAAAGUGAUCGCACGACUUUUUAAAAGUAUCUCUGAGGAGGAAAGUUUUGUUAAAUUACGGGGUCCGGCGAAUCGAUACGAGCCACCUUCACCUGACUCGAAAGCCGACCCACCUGCAAAAGCCCAAGCCAAGCCUGAGACACCUAGACAAGGGUCUUCUGAGUCGGUGCUGAAAGGCAAGGCCGAGGCUAUCAAUACUGCACCAUCAUCCGCGGUGAAACGGCCACAUCCCAUCUUGAAGAAACCUAGGGGGCCUUCGAAUUCCGGGCCGCGACCCACAGCUCGGUUUGUAUCGCCACCGGGAUCUGAUGGCGAGGGCAAUGAUAGCAAAGAUAGUGAGCCUGCUUCAUCUGGGAGCACAGCGGUGAAUCAUAGUGGUGAUUCUAAACGUUCCACUAGUUCAACAGCCAAGGAGGAAAGGAGGAAAGCGACCCAUACCACACCAAAGAAGAAGACAACUGGGUUUGUAGCUUCUACUGCUUCCAGAAGAAGACCUGCUAUGCCUCGGCGGAUUAGUUCUCAGUCUUCUACUGCCGUGAGUAGAGCCGAGACUGAGUCUAAAGAAGGAAGUUCUUCGCUUGGUUCGAGACAGUCCGGAUCACAAGGCUCCGCUACGACAAUUCCGGAAAAGCCAAGCAAGGAAAUAUCUUCGGCGGGGACAGAGGGAAAUGAACAGCUAAGCAAAAAGGCAGCAGGAAAACGACCGGUCAUUUUCUCACCCGAUAAACCCAGUGCUUCGAAACUAGGUAGCUCGCAGACAGGUAGUACCAACAGUCAACGAUUGAUAGUCCAAGAGGGGCGUGUUGACGCGAUAAAGUCGAACCUUGCGACAGACAACGCGAAUAGUACAGUGAUAGACGAUGCUAGUCCUAUGAAGACGAGUCGACGUGGGUCUGGUCAUAGGCGGAGCGAUACACAAGAGCGGCCGCGUCCGGAUAUCUCCCCUUUCAUGGCUCGAUCGAGAUCAGACAUAGGCUCUAUACGACGUAGCUCACAGGAUUUAGUUAGCGGCCUUCCGCCUCAAAGUUUAAUAUCAUCGAGUACGACAAUAGUAUCGAACACGACAGCGCAAGGAACGAUUAUAGAGUUUGACGAGAACCCACCACUCGAUGAGAUUGUCGCGAGUACAAUGCAAGAACAUGAGGAAGAUGCCGAAACCAGUUCCCGAAGGUCUGGUAGCUCCGUGCUCGAUUCGCGAUUUACUCCUACCCAACCAAAUCCAACACCGACCGUACCGCUCGGUCGGUCUAAAAGUCAACUUGCCCUGCUCCUCGAGCGUCAGGGUGACAAGAAACCUCGUCGGUAA